GGUGGUGUGCGUGGGUAUCGCGGCGAGGGGGUCGCGGUCGCCGGUCGCGCACGCUGCGUGCAUUUGCCAGUACUGCGCGAGGAGCGCGUGUAGUUCGUGUUAUUACUAGAGGUGACUGGAACUGUCACACACGACACUACACCCGGCCACAUAAUGUCAAAUAGAGCAUGGGUGACGUUGGCGACCAACGAUUCGUACGGUCUAGGAGCGCUGGUGCUGGCUCAUUCUUUGCGCCGCGCCAGCUCCUCCUACCCUGCAGUUGUACUCAUCACACCUUCGGUCACUGAAGCUAUGAGAAAUCGUCUAAGCGCAGUGUUCGCGGAGGUGAUAACAGUGGAUGUCCUGGACUCACGAGACGCCGCACAUUUGGCCCUGCUGCAGCGGCCUGAACUAGGCAUCACCUUCACAAAGAUCCACUGCUGGACCCUCACGCAAUAUCAAAAAUGCGUCUUCCUUGACGCCGAUACAUUGAUCGUCCAAAACUGUGAUGAGUUGUUCGACCGGGAAGAGUUGUCAGCUGCCCCCGACGUUGGCUGGCCCGACUGCUUUAACUCUGGAGUCUUCGUGUUCGCGCCUUCCAACGAGACCUACUCCAGGCUGAUCACCUUCGCGCAGGAACGCGGCAGCUUCGAUGGCGGUGACCAAGGUCUUCUCAACUCGUUCUUCUCGGAUUGGGCGCGCGGAGAUAUCAGCAAGCACCUUCCAUUCCUCUACAACGUCACGUCUGCUGCCUUCUACUCAUACCUGCCUGCGUUGAAACAUUACGGACAGGAUCUGAAGAUCAUCCACUUUAUCGGUGCCGCCAAGCCUUGGCUGCAACAGUUCAACUGGGAGUCUCGGUCGGUAGAUGCGCCGGAGCACCUCCGCGAGUUCUUGCAACUAUGGUGGGACCUCUUCGUUGGUCAAGUCCACUCGCAACUCGACACUGCUAUGGGUUUGGCCGUGGAGGUAGAGGAAGCUCCUCCGGAGACCCCUCCCCCAGAGGUUUCCCCGGAAGAUACGCAGCGCCACUAUGAACCAAUAGUAGAUCCAGAGUCCGAAUUCCCUUGGCAUCACCCCGAAGCUCAAACAGAAGAUACGAAUAACCCAGCAGAGCAAGUAGACUUAUCACAGAUACAUGAUCCUUGGCAGAAUUAUAGAGGAAAUAUUCCUCCAAUGAGUGAUUAUUCUUAUCAGCACUCGCAUUCUGGAGGUGUGCAGAAUGAGGAAGAAAUUAGAAAGUAUGCGUGGGAAUAUCAGUCUCCGCACCAGGAUUAUAACCGUCCCACUUCUGUUCACGACGAACAACAUGUUUGGCACCAGCCUCAACCACACAAUGAACAUUAUCAACACUGGGAGCACACUCACCAAGAACACCAUCACCACACGGAACAUAAAUGGCAGCAUCUUUCGCAACGAUCUGAUCAAAACCGUCGUCAUUCAGACUUUCAUCAACCACACGAGCAUCAUGUAUGGCAGCGUCAUUCACAAUAUGACUACCAUUCACAACAUGAUCACCAUUCACAACACGAUCACCAUUCUCAACACGAUCACCAUUCACACCACGAUCACCAUUCACACCACGAUCACCAUUCACAACAUGAACAAUCUCACCACCACGAGCCUCAUCAUCAUCGAAAACAAUCGCACGAUCAUUUCCCUACACAAAGCAAUCAAUCACAAAACCCUGCCAAUCAAUCAUAUCAUCAAGAUCAUAAUUCCCAAAGUGUCCAAAAUCAUUACGAUCAUAAAGAUCAUGUCCACCCUGCCCCUCAACGCAUGGCUAGCGAUCACUUACAAAAACAUUCCGAACACAGGUCAGACCAUCAAGAACACGGAUACAAACACUUGAACCAAUUAAUCCGACCGAUAGUAGAACACCUGUACUACGUGCACCUGGAUCAUAACAGGCGGUCUCGUCGCAGCCGCAGGGUCAAUCCGCACGUAUACUCAAAUGGAAUGAAUGGACAUAUAUCCGAAUCCGAGAGUGAGGACGAAGAGUUUGUGAUACCGAGACACCCGUACGACGGUUUCUACUUGAGGCACAGGUCGACUAUAGACCCUCGCGGCCGCAAGAUAUGCACGCAUGAGAUCCCUCCCACUCCGUCGCCUACUCCGACCGCGACGCCUGAACUCACCUCGAGAAGCCUCACACCUGCUUCCGAGGACUUUGACACAGCAAGUGAAUGCGAAGAUCUAGAUAGUGGCGUGGCGGGAAACCUUGCCCGCGUGGUACCCGGCUCCAGCGGCUAUCAGAGGGAAGCUAUUGACGAGCUAACUCGUCGCCAGGGCUGGGAGGCAGGCAAUAUCGACUACAUGGGUGCUGAUUCCUUCGACAAUAUCUGGGCAAAGAUUUCUCAAACAUUGAAUCAGCCUCGCACGUCGCCGCCUAAGCAACCGUCACCGCCUAAAGAGCCGUCACCUCCAAAAGAGCAGGCUCCGGCACCUGUGGCCCCGGUACCGGCACCUGAAUCCCCCGCGCCUGCACCUGCGGCUUCGGCCCCGGCCCCUGAAGCCUCGGCCCCGGCCUCUGAAGCCCCGGCACCGACCCCAGCACCCGCAGACCCGACCCCGGUCCCUGAAGCCCCGGCCCCGACCCUAGCGCCCGCGGUUUCGGCUCCAGCCCCUGAAGCCCCGGUCCCGGCUCCAGCCCCGGCUCCAGCCCCUGAAGCCCCAGCCCCGGCUCCAGCCCCUGAAGCCCCAGCCCCGGCUCCAGCCCCUGAAGCCCCGGCGCCCGCGGCCCCGGCCCCGACUCCAGCGCCCGCGGCCCCGGCUCCAGCCCCAGAAGCCCCAGCCCCGGCCCCAGAGCCCGCGGCUUUGACCCCUGCCCCUGUCCCCGCGGCAGAGGCAGCACCUGUAGUUCCUACCCCCGCGCCAGCGGCGGCGCCAGCCCCCGCACCAGUAGAGAGUGCACCCGCGCCCGCUCCUGAGGCGCCUAAAACGGAAGGUCCCGCAGCCGCUGCCCCCGCAGAAGCGACUAAACCAGCAGCCUCCGCGGAACCCGCGCCAGCUCAGGCACCUAAAGAAAAGACUGAAACUCAAGUGCCGCCAACCCCGCCGGCGACUCCUAAAUCGCCUUCAGAAUCGUCGUCGCCAGUAACCGAAGCACCUCCUACACUAGAAGCGGCGAAAGACACAAGCGCCCCUGUGGAAGCACCGAAGACAGCGGCAGCCCCCACAUCGCCUGUGGCCGCUGCCGCUGCGCCCGCAGCGACGCCGGAGAAGCCCCUGGACUCAUCCGCGGCGACGGGCGCGUCCACGGACAGCCCGCCGCUGGCCCACACGCCGUCCAAGGAGGACGCCCCCGCCGCACCCGCUGCCAAAUCGGAGGAGCGGCGCAAGCCCGCGGGCAAGCUGCGGCUGAGCCCGCCCCCGGCCGCGGCGCCGCCGCUGCCCACGCCCGACUCCGAACUCGAGGAUGCGGCCGCGCUCGCCAGUAGCAUCAUCGCGGGCGAACUGGCCGCCGCCGUCACCGCUGCCUCGCCGGCCGACCCCGCCACGCCGCAGCCGCCGCUCGACGACAAGCGCCUCUCGGCGGAAGCGCCUGAAAUGCCCUCGCCCCCGGUCUCGCUGGCACAGAUCGGCGUUAAACCUAAGGGGAAGCCCACUACCGCCGCACAAAUAGAAUCCUCCGUGUCGGAGAAGGUGCAGCCGCAGCCUGCGGCGCCGGCGACCCCCACAGCUGCGGCGCCUGCUACCCCCACGGCUGCGGCUCCCGCGACCCCCACGUCACCCACGGCCGCCGCCCCCGCGACCCCCACGUCACCCACGGCCGCCGCUCCCGCGACCCCCACGUCGCCCACGGCUGCCGCCCCCGCCACCCCCACGUCGCCGGAUCCGAGCACACCCUGCGAGGCACCCAAGAAAAAGGUGGUCAAGAAGGUAGUAAAGAAGGACGGAGGGGCGAGCGGCGACGCGGCCACGCCGGUGCCGCCGCCGCGCAAGAAGGAAAAGAAACCCAAAGAAAAGUGAGCGCCCGCGCCGCUCCGCGAGUCAUCUGUGCCAUAACUGUAGCCUCUCAUAUUUACUUUUAUGUCUAUUUAAUUUUCAACCAUGCUUUUUGUGCUGUAUAAUCCGAUAUGUUAGAAUUAAUUAUUAUUUUUAUUUUAUAACGAAGCAUCACACGUGUCCACUGUCGUAUUUAUAGAAAUGAAAUGGAAUUGUGUAUAAUUUAUUUUUUGUAAGAACUGUACCAUUUUUGUCGCUAUGAUUUGGCUUACCUAUUGUUUUUUAAAAAAUGUUUACCAAAGGAUGCAAUGUAUUUAUAAAAAAGAAAUUAAGUUUUUAUGUAAUUUUUGUAUUAAAAGUCUAUUUUUGGA